GUCGCUUGUUUAUACAUGUACUUACACAUGUAUCUAACACUAUGUACCGAUAUACCUAAGGUAAUGUAACUUCUGCCUUCUACUAUUUUCCCCCGUCCCGGUUCGGGAAGGCUGGGCUGGGGGAAGCUCUGGGGCAUAUUUUAUUUUUAUAUAUAUGUGCCAAGGCCCGAGGAAUGUUGUCACUCAACCUGAAUGCCGAACUGCAUAUAUCAUUAAUACAUAUCUCCCUACGAUUAUUGACUUCCCUCUCAUGGUGUGUUGUUUUUCUUUUGUCCUUUUCCUUGGAGGUCUACCUAUAUAGCUAGCUAUAGCUAGGGACGCUAGGCAUCGUCAUCAUCGCCGUUAUCGUUAUUCUCGUGAACCUAGUCAGCAUAUUAAGUAAUACUACCAACGAACACCUACAACACCAAACUAUAUCAACGUCAACACAAUGUCGAAACUUUCCAUGAUCGAAGCUUUCACCCGGUGGGCCCGCCUAAAGAAGUACCGCAUUGAAGUCACAUACGGGGUUUACGUCUUCACUCCUAUGGAGAAGGUCGUCUUCUGGUCUAUCUUCUGUUUCUUAUUCAGCGUCAUCUCCUUUGCCGCUAUCCUUUAUACCCAGCGCAACGUCUUUCUACUCAUACGAUACGCAUCCGUCUAUGUCACAAGAGAGGGUGGCGCGAGCAGUGCCGUCUCAAACCUCUUCCCCAAGAGCCAUGGAGCGCUAUCAGUAUCGCAGGCAGGAAUAACGUCGCUGGCUGAGACGUUAGGUGCUGCCACAAACUCGCAGAUACCAUGAUUACCAACACUCAGUUGAUGAGCAAUCUGCGCAUGGCUCAUCUGUUCGGUUGGAAGGUGUUGGUGAGAAGUGAAAAGUGGCGUUGGCUUGGAAGUGGGGGCCGAAAACAUGGAAAGGUUGAAUGUGCGUCUACCAGUACCAUUCCCACUUGAAGCAUUACGGCGUCAUUUCAUCAUAGGGGAAAUGAUGCGCAGAGCAAAUAUUUCACCGAUUAUGGAGUCUUGUG